GCCUCUGCCCGCCGCUCCAUAGAUGGGGAGGCCUGUGGGUGAGUGCUGGAAGGUUGUUUAAUGCUCCGCCUCUCCCCCCCUUUCCCUCAUGGCUCGGUGGUACGGUCCCGGGUCAGGUCUGAAUCGCGGCGGCGCAGGGCGCUGUCAGUACCGCGCUGCGUGGUUCAGAGCAGAACCGGUACCGGGAGCCGCCCCGCCGCCGUCACCGCCACCACAAGCAUGGAGCCCCAUCGCUGGCUGCCCCUGGAGGCCAACCCCGACGUCACGAAUCAGUUUCUCAAACAGUUAGGUAUACAUCCUGACUGGCAAUUUGUAGAUGUUUAUGGCAUGGAACCAGAACUGCUUAGCAUGGUGCCAAGACCUGUCUGUGCAGUGCUGCUUCUCUUUCCAAUAACAGAAAAGUAUGAAACCUUCAGAACAGAAGAAGAAGAGAGAAUAAAAGCUAAGGGACAAGAUGUCAAAUCAUCAGUGUAUUUCAUGAAGCAAACCAUUAACAAUGCUUGUGGAACAAUUGGACUCAUUCAUGCUAUUGCAAACAACAGAGAUAAAAUGAACUUUGAAACUAAUUCUUCACUGAAAAAGUUCCUAGAAGAUUCAUUAUCUAUGACUCCUGAAGAGAGGGCCAAAUAUCUAGAAACUUAUGAAGCUAUUCGUGUCACUCAUGAAUCCAGUGCCCAUGAAGGUCAGACUGAGAAAGUAAUGGUGGAUGAUAAGGUGAAGAGUCAUUUUUUAAUACUUCUUUAUGUAGGUGGCCAUCUCUAUGAAUUGGAUGGGCGCAAGCCAUUUCCAAUAAACCAUGGGGAAACUAGUGACGAUUCCUUCUUAGAGGAUGCAAUAGAAGUUUGCAGAAAAUUCAUGGAACGUGACCCAGAAGAAUUAAGAUUUAAUGCAAUUGCACUGUCUGCAGCUUUAAAAGCCUUUUCCAGCGGGGAUAAUCUGUUGCAACGUAUUGUAACAAUAAAACUGUUGCCAUAUGUUAAUAGUACAAAUUUUGAUACUUCCCUAACAUGUUGAUUAACGCAUACAUGGAAUAAAAUUUGCAUUUGUCCUUAC